AUGUUCAAGGGCACUAGAAGAGCAGCUUUCAACCAAUCCACACCUCUGAAUACCCCAGUGGUUAUUCACACCACCGCGCAACCACAACAUGUCAACAAGGAUGACGUUCUGAAAUUCCUCGAUAAAUUCAUCACAGAGAAGGAAAAUCUAAUACAGAACAGUACAGUGGCCCUGGGCUCGGCAGAAGGUACAGCCGCUGUCGGGGGUGAUGCUGCCACCGCAUUGCUCAGUAUAGACACCACUUUAUCCAGCUCAUUAUCGCAAUUGAAGAGAUUACAGAGAGAUUUCAAAGGUUUGCCUCCUGCUUCAAUGAUCGCCGAAUCUGUAUCCAGUGAAACAAACAAGGAAAGUACUGGCGAAAGUUCAGUGACAAAGAGUGUCACUGGAGGAACAAAGAAAACAUUCAGCGAUGAGGAAUAA